CCGCUGGUCCUGGUGGCCCUGCCCUCCUCAUGAGCAUGAGAACCAUGAUGUGGCUGUUCAUCACCAUUGCUUGUUUCAUCUGCAGCACUGAAAAGUGCAACGCAAGCCCCGAGGUGUUCAUGGAUGUUGGUGAAAUCGUUCGCUACCACGGGUACCCCUAUGAAGAGCACGAAAUUGUGACAGAUGACGGUUAUUACCUCACCAUGCAGAGGAUUCCUCAUGGUAGGAACUCGGGAAGUUCAAGCACCUCCCAUGAACCUGCGGUGCUCCUGCAGCAUGGCCUGGUGUUGGAGGGCAGUAACUGGGUUACUAACUUGCCCAACAGCAGCCUGGGCUUCAUCCUCGCGGAUGCUGGCUAUGAUGUCUGGAUAGGAAACAGCAGGGGGAACAGCUGGUCACGCAAACACAAAGAGUUUGAAUAUCACAACGAGAAAUACUCAGCUUACAGCUUUCAUGAAAUGGCCAUGUAUGACCUUCCAGCAACAAUCAACUAUAUUUUGCAGAAAACUGGACAGGAGCAGUUAUACUAUGUGGCUUACUCUCAAGGCACCACCACAGGUUUCAUUGCGUUUUCUUCCAUUCCUGAGCUGGAUCGCAAAAUCAAGAUGUUUUUCGCUUUGGCUCCUAUCACCACAAGCUCAAACAUGAAGUCACCCUUGGUCAGGGUGUUUGACCUUCCUGAGGGUCUGGUUAAGAGCCGCAUAGAUGUCUACUUGUCUCGCUACCCUGAUUCAACAUCCCUAAAAAACAUGUUACAUUGGCGCCAGCUCUAUCAAACAGGGGAAUUCAAAUAUUAUGAUUAUGGCAGCGACAAUGUGCUUCAUUAUAACCAGAGCACACCUCCUUUCUAUGAGCUGGAAAAUAUGAAAGCACCACUUGCUGCAUGGUAUGGCGGCAAGGACUGGAUUUCAGCCCCUGAAGAUGUAAAUAUAACACUGCCUCGUAUAACCAACAUGGUGUACAAGAAGUAUAUUCCUGAAUUCGUCCACUUCGAUUUCCUUUGGGGUAUGCAAGCAUAUGAACAAGUAUACAAAGAAAUUCUUGAACUGAUGAAGAAGAAUGCCUAG